UUAGUGAAUUUCAGGAAUGAAAGACACUCCUGUCCAAAUAGUUGACUCUGGUUCAUUGAACUAAAAAGGCUCCACUUCUCAGCGAUGGCAGUCCGAGUCACCAAGACAUUUUCUCUGUUAAGUGUGAUAUCACUUGGCAUUAUUCUUUUUAUUCUAUCAUGGGAAGGUUCAGAAACAAACUUCAGCUGGCCAAGUUUGUCAGGGAACUGGAUUCCACGUCCUGCCGUAUUAAUCCCACCACCCAUGAAAACUUCUACAAAUGCACCUGCAGCUGAGACGCCAAUGCCCGUCCUCUCCAAGAAAUCCUUCAAGAAGCUUCCAAAGUGGGAUUUUGAGGAUGUUUAUAACCAGGAUGGCCGUCCUGGACAGAGAACCUGUCCCCAGUCUCUGCGAAACUCAAAGGAUGAGAGCUUCAAGAAGACUUUUCUUCCCAACAUACGUUUGUUUCUGCACAAAGACAACAUCAACAUGAGCGAAUGGAACCGACUUUCACAUUUUAACAAUCCUUUUGGUUUUAUGGAGUACAAGUACGACGAUGUGAUGACUUCAGUGAAGCUGAUUCCAAAGCCAACAGAGCCUCUGCUCCUUCCAAAACCAGGAGGUGAUGGCUGUGUGCGCUGUGCCGUGGUGGGUACCGCAGGAAUCCUCAAUGCAUCCAAAGCUGGUGCAGAGAUCGACUCUCAUGAUUAUGUUUUCCGGAUGAACGGGGCCUUGACCAAGGGUUUUGAGGAGGACGUAGGAAACAGAACAGAUGUGUACGUUCACACAGCCCACUCCAUCACCGCAUCGCGAUACUUGUUGAAGAAGUACGGCUACACGGGUGCCCCUCAUGAUGAGGGGAUAAAGUACGUCAUGAUUGCUGAAGGAUUGAAAGACUUCCGGUGGCUGGAGGGUCUUCUGAAAGGAGAAAGUGUCCGUGCCGGCCCGUACCGCAAAUCAGAGCCAAGACCAUACUACUCAGGGCAGUACAAUGAGAGCCGCUUCUACGUUCUGCACCAAGACUUCCUCCGAUACGUACGAAACAGGUUCCUGUUGUCUCGUAAUCUGAAUGCUUCAUACUGGUGGACAGUCAGACCAACCAAUGGGGCUUUCACUCUUUUGCUGGCUCUGCACACCUGUGACAUAGUGAGUGCAUACGGGUUCAUGACGGAAGACCACAGCAAAUACUCCAACUACUACUAUGAGAAGUACAUUAAAACCAAGGUCAUUUUCUACAGCUACCACGACUAUAUUCUGGAGAAGAAUGUGUGGAAAAGUCUUCACGACAGGAAAAUACUUAAGCUAUAUCAGAAAUCUGAAUCAGGGCCAGAAAAGCCGAAGCAACCUUAAUACAUCAAGAAUGGCAGCAAUGGAAUCCAGAAGUUAGGUCAUGUUUUCUGUGUUAACAUAUGUUAAGACAAAGCGAGGCUGUCACAUCACAUAUGGCAAAUUGUGUGGUUAGGGG